AUGGAUGGCGUUCGAAAUCGAGAACGCGAGGUCGUGGCCACUCCUCAUAUGCCAUGGUUCCACUCCAACGUCAGCCGCGAGGCCACAGAAAGAAUGUUGCACCAACGAGCCGAUGGGACAUUUCUCGUGAGAGAAUCAACUAAUUUCCCCGGCGAUUAUACGCUUUCUAUGGCAUAUAGGGGAAAGGUGGAACAUUAUCGUAUUUACCAAAGUGGUGGGCAAAUAACGUGCGACAACGAGGAGUUCUUCGCCAACCUCACUCAACUGGUUUCGCACUACAAACGGGAUGCUGAUGGCUUGUGUCAUCGUCUCGUGACUCCUAUUAUUUGCGAAAACUAUCUAAUUCCGUCCAGCAAUUCAGACAUUGAGGAUCGAACUAGCACAUUUUUAAAAGCAGGGCUCGUCAUUCCAUCCGGUGAAAUUCGCUUAGGAGAUAUAAUAGGGCAUGGAGAAUUUGGUGAUGUGCUAGUAGGCUAUUAUAAAGACAAGAAAGUGGCUGUUAAAGUAUCGAAGAGACAUGGGAACGGGCUAGUGGAUUCCCUUCUUGAUGAGUCACGAUUUAUGGUAGGGCUAUGCCAUCGUAAUCUUGUCACCCUCAUCGGGGUUGUUUUGGAUGAUACGAACAUCUACAUGGUGACCGAAUACAUGGCUAAUGGAAACCUUGUGGACCUGCUCCGUUCACGUGGUCGUCACCAACUAGAAAAGAUGCAGUUGAUACAGUUUGCAAUCGAUAUUUGCGAAGGGAUGUGUUAUCUCGAAGCCCGUCAAAUUGUACAUCGUGAUCUGGCCGCCCGUAAUGUCCUACUAGAUGAAGAACUCGUUGCAAAAGUAAGCGAUUUCGGUCUGGCAAAGAAAGCCCAUUCUGCUGCCCAUGACAACACAUCGGGAAAAUUUCCGAUAAAAUGGACGGCUCCUGAGGCUCUUCGUCAUAGUAAUUUUUCAACUAAAAGUGAUAUGUGGUCGUUCGGCGUGUUAUUGUGGGAGAUUUUCUCGUUUGGUCGUGUCCCCUAUCCUCGCAUCCCAAUUCAAGAUGUUGUGCGUCAUAUAGAACGAGGAUAUCGUAUGGAAGCACCGGAAGGAUGUCCAGCAGAUGUUGUUCGUAUAAUGCAUGAUGCUUGGGCACUACAACCACAGGAUAGGCCAUCAUUUGGACAGGUUCUUCAACGAUUAAUAACUAUUUCCCGCAUGCUUCCUCACUGA